UUCGGACGUUCUUUUUCGAGGCCCCGCGCGCGUUUGGCGUGACACGUUUUUCCCGCGUGCGACACCAAUCAUUUUUCAAUCGCUGGUUAGAUAUUGAUUGGAAUUUGAACUGAAUCAACUUGUUCGUGAUACUGACAAGUGACAGCCAGGUACAAAAUAAUUAUCCGUGUUCAUCACCAAGUCUCUGUGGUUUUCGGGCAGCAUGUAAAGAUAAACAUCUUCAAUCAUCAUUACCACGAUUAAGGUUUAUCUCGUAGAUGCUCGAGAAAGGACAAAGUCCAAGUAAUUAACCUUGCUUGUGGACAUUUACUACUCCCAGUUUACUUCUUUUGCUUUGUAAACUUUGCCUAAUUACAGCAUGACUUGUGUACGUAAACGCAGUUUAGGAUGAUGUACGUUUACUUGUAUGUUGUGAUGGUUGGUUAUAAACGUUAACUUCAAAUGACGGGAGACAACGAAUUUGGAUUAAUCCUCUUCCCCUCGAAAUUCGGAGAUUCUUCAGCUACAAAAUGAAUACGUGACAUUGUCUUCUGAAAAUGGACAUACAUGUAGUCUAGGAUCUGCAACGGAUAACUUUCGGUAUGUCUACUAGGAAAAUGCGUAUAGGUGAUGCACCACUACGACCAAUGCAGUAAAGUCUUAAGAGCAUAAUUAUUUCAACAAUCUAAUAACCUUCCUCGAAGUAUCUUCGUCCCCGAUCUCUUCAUGAUCUUGACAGACAUUAUUUUUCUUCAGAAUAGCUGCGCUUUGUAAAGGAAAUGCUGCUUCCCUCAAUGGCUAUUCUAAUAGUUUGAUCCGACGUGGCACCAUUCAAUAAACACUGCUUACUUUUGUAGGAACUAUCGUUUGUAGAGCCCCAAAUAAUCUAGAAACUAAUGUAAUAUGGCGGCGACAAAUAUGACGAUAAGAACAUGUUUAAUUUGUAUUGUUCUGGCGGCUUUGACAAAAGGAGAUGGUCCACAACCCGAGGUCGUAUACCAACGCGAUGGCGACGUUGUCUUAGGCGGUCUGUUCGGGCUUCACUACAGCAUUACAAACUCCAAGGCAUGCCUCCUUAUCAGGGAAUUUCAGUCUGUGAAACGCGUCGAGGGGUUCGUGUACGCAGUCAACUAUAUCAACAAUGACAGUUCUAUCCUACCCGGCAUCACCCUCGGGUUCCAGAUCUACGAUACGUGUUACUACGACAUCGUCGCGCUCGGAAGAGCGAUGAAUUUUGUUCCCGACAGGAGUGGAGUCAUUUGUGAUUGUGUAAAUGAUACAUACAGCGGGGCAACAGCUACGUCGUCACCGGGUAGUUGUUCGGGGACGGGUAGGUAUUCCAGGGCCGCUCAAACUGAUGGCAGCGGUGGGAUGUGCUGUGGAGGGAUGCCGUUGAUAGGUCUCAUAGGAGCGGAACGCAGCGAAUCCAGCAUGCAGGCGGCGACGCUCAUGGGUCUACAAGCCACACCAGAGAUCAGCUACCUUUCGACCAGUGACUCACUGAGCGAUAAACAAAACUAUCCCUAUUUCCUAAGAACAGUCCCACCUGAUCGAUAUCAGGUUAGUGUCAUCGUGGACAUUUUGACACACUUUGAAUGGAGUUAUGUGUCUUUCCUGUACUCCGCUGAUGAGUACGGACAAAAUGCGUACGCAGAGUUCGUGGUACAGGCAGCAGAGGCCGGGAUAUGCAUCGCGUAUCAUCAGUCCUUGGACCAAACUGCGGACCAGGAAGAGUACGAUUUGAUCUUCGCCAAGAUGAUGACGUACCCUUACGACAAGGCCAGGGCCGUGGUCCUCUUCACCCAUCCGCAAAGUGCUGUCAAGAUCCUCAUCUCGUCCACCAACGGUACGACCCCGGGACACUUCACCUGGAUUGCGAGUGACGGCGUAGGAAACAUUGGCGCCGACGCCUUUGCGAUUGCGGGUUUGACGUCCGCAACACUAGGAAUGAUAUCCACUGCUCCUUUCUCAAAGAGCUUAGAAGCUUUCGACGACAAGUUCGCCCAGAUCAACCCGAGUACGAGCGAUAACCCAUGGGUGGGGGAGUUCUUCGAGAGAUACGUGGACUGUCUACAGGAUGAUGAGGCCGCUCAGAAGGAUUGCCGCGACCGGGUACUGAACAGUCGUCUUCCAAGCUUCGAGACGCUUGUCAUGGAUGCGGUCUUUGCCUACGCCUACGCCCUGGACACCAUGAUGGAGGAGGAGUGUAUGGAUGAGACAGACGUGACAGCGUGCGUCGUUCGGCUUGGCACCAAUGGAACACAUCUUGCACCGUACCUGUUUGCAACUACCUUUGAGAGCUUAGCCAAUGGGAAUUUCAGUUUUAACGCGGACGGCGAUGGGGAGGGAAGGUAUGCCAUCGAGAACUAUCGCUUGGGUCCGGAUGGUGUAAUUUUGGAAUCAGAGCGUGUAGGUUUCUGGGAAGAUGGCCCAACGCUGGAAGCUCGUCUGGAGCUGAACGGUUUUGAUAUACGGUUCUAUACAGAUGUUGGCUGGAACACCACCACGCCACCUGCGUCUAUCUGCAGCGAAGAGUGCGCAAGUCGGCAGGUCAAGGAUCGGAUCCGAGAUACUGCCACAUGUUGCUGGAACUGUCGGCAAUGUGAGCUGGAUGAGAUCGUCGCCACUGAGACCGAAUGCGUACCGUGCCCGGCAGACGCCCUCCCCGAUCCGUCCACUGACUAUACCACCUGUACAACCGUAGAGUCGGUCCCGUUGGUGUUCCACAGCUGGUUGGGACCGUUCCUAGUAGGUCUUUCUAGUAUUGGGCUCCUGACCGCUCUAAUUCUAUUUGUUCUGUUUGUCUACAACAUCAAGGACACCCUGAUCAAGGGUUCUGGUCCCGUACUCCAUCUAUUGGUCCUGUUUGGCACGGUGACCGGUUUCGUUGUCGGACUUAUGGCCGUGCUUCCUCCUUCAGAGAUCCUCUGUACCUUCACCAGAGUAGCCGGAUCAGUCACCUACACCAUCAUCUACGUGCCGCUUGCUAUCAAAUGCGUACAGCUCUACCGAAUCUUCAAGAAGGCAAAGGCCACUGACUCACAAGAAAGCGCCAACCUCUUGAGUCUCUGUGGUCAACUUGCACUCAUUGCCUUCGCGGUCUUACUCCAGGUGGGUAUAGAGACAACAUGGCUCCUAAUGAAUCCUAGCAAAGUUAUUCCGUUUUCCUACAUACAAAACGGCGAACUAAAGAUUCAGAUGUGCUGCGAUGUUUGGUGGCCUGAGCCUCUUUCCACCAUUAUCUUCAACUUCCCAUUCCUCGUCAUCUGCUGUAUCUUCACCAUCCUCGGUCGCCAUCUCCCUGACAAUUACCACGAAGCUCGCUUCAUCGCCUUCUCGUCGUUCGGAAGCUGUAUCCUCAUCGGCGCGUUCAGCGUCCCAUACGUGACGGCGAACCUCGAAUUCGAAAGCGGCUUGUAUUCCGAUAUCCUAACGAGUCUAAACGCCAUUCUGGUCCUAGUCUGCCUCUUCGUCAUCAAGCUUUAUGCUGUGAUCUUCAUCACACCGGAAGUUCCUAACAUGGUCACGAGUGCGCUCGCGCCUGGCCCAAUGGGGGUGUAUAAGGACCGUGCGCGAACGCGUACGCGUACUACGAGCAGCAGUGCACAGAGUAACGUGAGUACGACGACCCUGGUGCGGAGGCCGAGAGCAAAAUCGAGCGACCCGAAAGAGGUUACCUUCAGUGAUAUCAGACCGACGAAUGGGGACACCAAUGAAGAAACGGAAAAUACAAAACUAUAGGUCAUGUAGGGUACUUAGAUUAAUUUGAAAUAUUUAAGAGUUUUACGUUGGCCGCAAUAUUCCGUAAAAGCUUUUUUUACGUUUUCCGACAAAACCUGCAGACCCGACUUUCUUCCAUUGGUUUUAACUCGACUUACAACGAAUUGAUUGUUCUUUUAGAAAAGGGAAAUCUUGUGCACUGUACAUGUGUGUUGCCGAUCAUCGUGGAAGUGUCGUGGUCUAGUAGAUAGAUCACCCGACUAUGGUUCACAUGGUUUGCAGUUCAAGUCCCAUUGCGGCACCAAUGUCCUUUGGCAAAACAAU